GAACACUUUGCUCCAUUGCUUGCACCUUCAUUUCCAAUACACACAAUGAGAGCUGUACUACAAAGAGUCCUUCAAGCAAGUGUGGAAGUAAAUGGUCAACAGAUUUCAAGCAUCAAGCAGGGUAUCUGUGUCUUAGUUGGGCUUUCUGUCGAUGAUACGUCCGCAGAUAUUGACUUCAUGGUGCGCAAGCUCCUUAAUGUACGAGUGUUUGAUUCCAACAUGAAUGCUCUAGCAGGAGCAACAACAAGUUUGCAGGACGAGAGUGCAGCACCAAAGAUGUGGGCGAAGAGCGUCGUUGAUAUUGAGGGCGAAAUUCUUUGUGUAUCACAGUUCACGCUCUAUGGCCAGGUUGUCAAGGGAAGCAAACCCGACUUUCAUAUGUCUAUGAAAUCAGAGACGUCUAAGCAAAUGUAUCACGACUUCUUGGAUCGACUCAGGAAAGCAUACAAAGCAGAGCGAAUCAAAGAUGGAGAGUUUGGUGCGAUGAUGCUGGUCAACAUUGCCAACGAUGGGCCUGUAACAUUGGAGCUGGAUUCAAGGAAGUUUGAGUAUAUUCCUGUUACCAACCAGCCUUCUGCGCGGAGGAUCAAAGGUUCCAAGGUUUUAAAAGCGACCAAUUCGCAAAGCCCUAUAGAUGCGUCAGAUAGCACGAGCGUCGUCAGCGUAAUCAGCUCCGUGGACACAAAAGCUGAGGACAUGGAAGAAAAGGCACCAGCUUCCUAAGGAUAAGCUAUCCUAUUCAGCGUUGGUGUGCGAUGCGUCUAUUUUAUGGUUCCCACAUUCAGAGCAAACAUUUUAUAGAAGUUUUACCUGCUUGAGGACAGGGUAGAGGAUCACACAGAAUUAGAUUUAGAAAAUAAAAUUUGGGUAACGUCAGCG